UAUGUCACCAAUAAAAUAAUUAUUUACAUCAAAAAAACAUCUUUUAAAAGUAAUAAAAUAAAAUUAAUUGGAAUAAAAUGCGAGAAGUGAAGAUCGGAUAUGAAGAAAAUCGUUCGAGGUGAAGAAAUUGUGCCGAAAUUGAUUUGAAUAAAAAUUUUGGGGUAUCAUUAACAUGAUGAAGAACAAGGAACAGAUUUAGCUGUUUUAAGAGUUAUCGCAGAAGUAGCAGCUAAUACAUAACAUUUUUAUUUAUUAUUACUCAAUAAACAAAUAAUUAAUAAUUAAAAAAAUAAAUUAAUUUUCUUUAUAAUACACUGCCAUCUAGCGACCAAAUUUAGUGUUAAUUCAAACGAAAAAACUAAGGUUAUGUCCCCAACAACAUAACCUAAACAUAUUUAUUGUUUACAUCAAAAAAAACGUCUUUCAAAAGUAAUAAAAUAAAAUCAAUUAGAAUAAAAUGCGAGAAAAAUCUAAAUGCACAUCAUUUUUACAACAAUUUUAAUAAUAACGGUUUUAAACCCACUAAUAAUCACCCAAGAUUUAUCUAAACGAGUAUCCUACAAAGGUUAUCAACUGUGGAAAUUAAAAGCGGACACUAAAGAGAAAAAAGAUGCAAUAAAAAAUUUAGAUAUAGUUGAAAUAACCCGAUGGAGUGUAAAUAAAUCGAGUCCGGACGUUUUAAUCAGUGCCGAUAACUUGGAGAAGGUUAAAAAUGAUUUGGAACGAUAUGAAAUAUCUCAUCGGGUGUUAAUUAAAGAUGUUCAAGGAAUUAUUGAUGAGCAACCAAUUGAGGAUGCGGAAGAAAUGAAGUUUUCACAUAAAAUAGAAACGUUUAAUUUGAGCGAGUACCACAAUUUUCCGGUCAUUAUUAAUUACUUAACCAUUUUAACGAAAGUUCACAAUCAUAUUAAAUUAACAACAAUCGGAAAAACGAUACAAAAUAAUCCUAUUGAUGUGGUUACAAUAUCCGGGGGUGGUAAAAACGGGAUUUUUAUUGAGGCCGGGUUACACGCACGAGAAUGGAUCUCACCCGCUUCAAUUAUUUUUGUUAUUAGCACAUUUGCAAAUGAUUUUAACAAAGAAUCCGGGGCGAUUAAAAAAUUAGAUUGGCACUUUUUACCGAUUGGAAACCCGGAUGGUUAUAUUUACUCGUACACUAAAGAUCGGUUAUGGAGAAAGAAUCGUUCGCGAUGGGGAAAUUGUUUUGGAACUGAUUUAAAUCGAAAUUUCGGGUACCAAUGGGAUUACGGAGAUCCAAAUCCUUGCGAAGAAACUUUUAGCGGAACUGAAGGAUUCUCAGAACACGAAACGGUCGCAAUAAGAGAUUAUAUCAAAAAAUUUGACCCUCAUUAUUGGAAGGCUUACGUUUCAAUCCAUUCGUAUGGCCAAUAUGUCUUAUAUCCUUACGGAUUUAGCAAAACUAUGCCGGGAAAUAUAAACGAAUUAAAAAUGAUAUCCCAAAAUGUUAUUAAAGCAAUCAAAGAACCCUAUAAAACUAUUUACACUUCUAGUGCAGUUUCAGAUCUUUAUAUCGCAGCUGGUGUUAGCACAGAUUGGGCGAAAUCAAUCGGAAUUCAAUACUCAUUCGCUUUCGAAUUAAGAGAUCAAGGAAAAUACGCUUUUUUAUUACCAGCGCAAUACAUAAUCCCAACAGGAGAAGAAUUAUUAAAUGGUAUAAGAGUAAUUGCUGAAUCUGCUUUGAAUGAUAUAUCAAAAAAAUCUGUUGGAAGAAAUUAAUUUAAUAAACAAAAAAGAGGUUAUUAAUUUAUAAAUGAACAAGA